AUGGCAGAGAGACGCUUCAGCCUGUAUCCAGGACGGGACCGGACACAAGAACAGGACCGCGCCCGUGGACGCUUCCUCAGGGCAGCACAGGCUUGUCUGACAUCCCUGACCAUUCGGCGUAGAAAGACCAGGAUCACACCAGCUGAGGUCCUGGCACAGCCUGACCCCACGCCGAGUGAGCUCAAGGCACACCCUGAUGUUGGCACCGCGUCGAGUGAUGGCACAGCAAACUGUGACAGUGCGGUGACCGAGGAUGGGACAAACUCCAACACCGCCCUGCCUGAGCUCAGCACAGAGGCUGACGGGGCAACGACUGAGGGCAUGGCAGACACUGAGAGCACACCUGUUCAGCGCCUGCCCGAUGCUCCCAGUCUGGACGUUCUUGGGGACGGAGCUGUCUCUGCUCAAGAAGCCAUGGAGCCAGACAGAGGAAUGGAGCAGAGACCUCCCAGCAUUCCCAAGCAGGCCUGGGUGAAGGAUGAGGAGGAAGGCCCUGGGCCUGCCCCAUCCCAGCAGCCUGAGGAGGCAGAACAGUCUCAGCCCCUGCAGGAGGAUCCAGGACGGGACCGGACACAAGAACAGGACCGUGCCCGUGGCCGCUUCCGCAGGGCAGCACAGGCCUUUCUGACACUAUUGGGUAUUCGGCGUAGAAAGACCAGGACCUCACCAGCUGAGGUCAUAGCACAGCCUGACCCCACGCAGAGACCUCCCAGCGUGCCCCAGGUGGCCCGGGUGAAGGAGGAGGAUGAGGAGGAAGGCCCUGGAGUGGCCCCAGCACAGCAACCUGAAGAGGUGGAGCAGUCUCAGCCCUUGCAGGAGGGCCAGGACAGCGGUGCAGACACCAACAGCAGGUCUGCUCAGAGUGGGAAAGAUGGUCCCUCUCUGGAUGUUCCUGAGGAGAACGGUGUCUCUGAUGCAAAGCAAGUGCCAGCCUUCGUCAGGAACGUGCACCAGAGACUGACAGCCAACGCCACUCCAGAAGAGAAGCUACUGAUGGAGUUUCUGAGGGUGACUGAUGAACACCCUGAUGAUGCUGUGGUGACCCUCCUGCGCUGUGCCCCAUCGUGUGACAGAGCUGCUGCCAUCAUGUGGAGGACCAUCACCUCACCAGGAAGGACAGUGGUGAAGGUGCUGCCACAGCUGCUCUCCGUGAUGGAGGACUGGCCACUGCACAGCACGUCCACCUCCGACGGGGACGAAACGGAUGUCUUUGCCCUGGCUGCAACCAGGGUGAUCUGGGAGACUCUGCAGUUGUUCCAGUUCCCAGAGUCAUUGACAGAGUACUCCCCCUGUCUCCUCGUGGCUCUGCUCUUCCAAGUUCUCAUCAGCACAGAGCAGACGCCAGAGGAGGUCGACACCUUCUGGAGGGGAUGCCGGCAGCAACACAACCUUCCCACCCAGCCCAACAGGUUUGCAGUGCUGACAAUGAAGGCUCUGCUUUGCCAUCUGGAGUGUGAGGAAGUUGUGGUUUCAAUGGAACGCAAGCGCGGCUGGGACACACUCCUCAGUGCUGACACCCACCACAAUGCAGUGGGUCUGCUGGCCAGGGAGAUGCGCCAUGUCUCCAGCCCCUUGUGUUCCUGCAUCACACUCCACCUGCUGGAGCUGCUGAGCAGGGAGGAGCCCCACUUGGAGCUCCUCACCAUGGCAUUCCUUGUGGAGGUCCUGGACUGCCUGGAUAUGAGUGACUGGGGAGGCAGCAUUCUGCAGAGCCUUUCAAGGCACCUCGGGAGUGAGUGCCCAGAGAUGCGUCGCCUGGCGCUCCGAGGCCUCCUGGUGCUCACCCAGGAUCCUGUGAUGGCUGAUGGUGUGCAGAGCCUGACAGAAAGCCUCCUGGAGCUACUGUGGGAUGCAGAUGGAGAGCUGGUGGGGAUGGCCCUCUCUGUACUCAUCAAUCAAGUCCAGGACAGAGACAUCCCAAUCUCCACCCCCACUGCCCUGGAACUGGCUGAGGCACUCCAGACACUCUUUGGCCACGACAACAUCCAUGUGCAGCUGCUCUCCAUUUACCUCUUCCAAAAGGUGAUGGAGUUGGCAGUGGAUAAGAGCAAACAACUCCUGAAGACACACGUCAUCUACAGCCUGCUCCCACUUUUUUUCCACUGGCAUCAUGAGAACCAGGACGUGGCAGAAGCCUCUCGGGGAGCACUGCUUCGUGCACUCAGGUUCCUGAAGAGAAGGGAUCUCAAGAACCUGCUGGAGGCAGACAAGCCCUGGUGUUUCUUUGACUGCCUGCUGGAAAGCGAGAAGAAACGAGUGGUGGAGUUCAUGUGGCAGGCCCUGCCAUUCCUGGAGAGCCCACAGGAGCCCCUGCAAGAGUUGGCCCUCAGGUUCAUUGGGAUCGCCGGGAGGUACCUCAGGAAGGGGCAGGAGGAGGACGAGCUCAUCACAGAGGUCAUCACUGACACCCUUCAAGGCAUGACUGCUGACAGCCCUGCCAUCUCAAGGCUGGCAGCUAAAACCUUGAAAAUCAUCAAGGGUGUCCAGAAAUCUAAACCUUAA